CUACAGACACAGGUGAAAGAGCAGCAGGUGGACCUGGAGGAUAAAGUCCAGCUGACCAAUCAGCUGCGAGAACAGCUGGCCCUGUUGGAGCGCCGCGUCUCGCUGAUGGCGGCCGAGGAGGAGGAGCUGCGGUCGGUCCUGGAGCAGACGGACCGCGGACGCAGGACGGCCGAGCACGAACUGGUGGAGGUCACGGAGAGGGUUAACCAGCUCGCUGUACAGAACACAGGUCUGACGGCCCAGAAGAAGAAGCUGGAGGCGGAUGUGAGUCAGCUGACGGGAGAGAUGGACGACGUCGCGCUGGAGAGACGCAGCGCCGAGGAGAGGGCCAAGAAGGCCAUCACUGACGUUAGUCCUGACCCCCCCAGACCCCCCCACACACGUGGUCUAAACCUCUGA